GCCGUUGCACGAGAGGAUGUGAAGUCUCUCCUCCCAAGCGUCGCCAGGGUUCCGCUUGUGCAUCGCCGCACAUCAUCUGCGUGUCCAUUUCUCCCGGCCCGAGAAGACAGGAAAAAAGCUAAUUUUUUAAAAUAAUAAUAACAACAAUAAUAAUAGUGUCGCUCGCGACGGUGCUUCACCACGUCCGGAUCGGUGAAAUCAAAGUGCGAUCGUCGAAACAUUUCGGGGAGGUUCCUGCCAAGAUGGUCGGCUCCCAGUCGUCGUCGGGCCGGCCUCCCGCCAUCCCGGAGCACCAGGAGGCCGUGUUCGAGACGGAAGAGCCGUGGGUGGUGCCGAAGACGGCCGUGCUGCUCGCCGAGGGCCCGGCCCCGCCGAUGAGCGCGGUGCCUCCGGCCACGCCGCCCGAGUCGAGGGAGGUCGCCCGGUCGCGCGUGCAGCGCCGUAAGAGCGACGUGCGCGUCUACAAGGAGUUCUGUGACUUCUACGCCAAACUUAACAUGGCGUCGGCGUUGGCGAACGCGGCGUGCGAACGCUGCAAGGCCGGGUUCGCCGCCACCGAGCGGAUCGUGAACAGCAACGGGGAGCUAUUCCAUGAGAACUGCUUCGUGUGCGCGCAGUGCUUCCAGCAGUUCCCCGACGGACUCUUCUAUGAGUUUGAAGGCAGGAAAUACUGCGAGCACGACUUCCAGAUGCUCUUUGCUCCGUGUUGCGGGCAGUGUGGCGAGUUCAUCGUCGGCCGGGUCAUCAAGGCGAUGAACAACAGCUGGCACCCCGAGUGCUUCCGCUGCAACAUCUGCAGCGAGAUGCUGGCGGACGUCGGCUUUGUCAAGAACGCUGGCAGACACCUGUGCCGCCCGUGCCACAACCGAGAGAAAGCCAAGGGCCUGGGCAAGUACAUCUGCCAGAAGUGCCACGCAAUCAUCGACGAGCAGCCAUUGCUCUUCAAGAACGACCCCUACCACCCGGACCACUUCAACUGCACAAACUGCGGCAAGGAGCUGACGGCCGAUGCACGCGAGCUCAAGGGGGAGCUCUACUGCCUGCCCUGCCAUGACAAGAUGGGGAUCCCCAUCUGCGGCGCGUGCCGUCGCCCCAUCGAAGGCCGCGUCGUCAACGCCAUGGGGAAGCAGUGGCACGUGGAGCACUUUGUGUGCGCCAAGUGCGAGAAGCCGUUCCUGGGACAUCGCCACUACGAGCGCAAGGGGCUGGCGUACUGCGAGACCCACUACAACCAGCUGUUUGGCGACGUCUGCUACCUGUGCAACCGGGUGAUCGAGGGAGAUGUCGUGUCGGCCCUCAACAAGGCCUGGUGCGUGGGCUGCUUCUCUUGCUCCACCUGCAACGCCAAGCUCACCCUCAGGAACAAGUUUGUGGAGUUUGACAUGAAGCCAGUUUGCAAGAAAUGUUACGAGAAGUUCCCGCUGGAGCUGAAGAAACGUCUGAAGAAGCUGGCCGAGGAUCUGGCGCGCAAGUGAUGUCACACGCACGCACACACCCGCGUGCGUACGUACGCGAGUGACGGACCUCUGUGUCCACACAGACACACAUAGAGACGAGUGUAACGCUUUGUCUCUUUGAUUACACACACACUCGCACGUACGCGGCCGGCGACUUACAUGGGUGUGUCGCACCCGGUUGGCUACGUACGGUGCGAAAGGAGUUCAACAUACAUACGUCACAUGCACGCGGGUACGCACGCACGCAGAGACAAGUUUAUCACCGUAUGGUUACACACGCACGUGCCCGCACACUCCUGCCAGACGUGGCUUCUGCAUGUCACACUGGUCCAUCGACAAGCACGCACGCGUAUGUUUGUACGUGCGCGCGCACACAAGUAUAACUAUUAAACGUUCAUACGAUUACACGCACACACAUGCACGCACGCACGCACAGACACACACGCAGCCGAAGUAUCGAACCACAGAAGCAGAGGCUUGUUGCCAAGCAAGCGACUAUCCUCACCUCCCCGCUGGGCUGCCCUCUUACAACUUCACUCCCCAAAGCAAACGGUGCCUUAAUGUUACCAGCGCAGAGAUAAUCGUCGCGCGUCUCUUUUCACCGCGUAGCCCCAUUGUUAUUCGCGCCGUGCAUUAUCAUUGUUUGGGGGAUUUUUUUUUAUAUUUCGGCGAGAGCCACGGGCCGACUCCAUCGUGCCGUCCGUGCCGUCCGCUCGCCAGAGGAUUGUUUAUUCUGCUGGUGUCGUGCGGCACGGGGCUCGCUGCGCCCCCGCGCCAACGCCGCCUCCGAUCCCCACGGGACCGCGUCGUGAGCGUCUCCAGAGAGCGCCCUCCACGCUCUGUCCUCGCUACACAGGACACGGGGCUGUGAUUUAAAGUUUUCUCAGGACUGGUCUUUGCGCGGGGGUGUUUCUACAUCUGUCAGGUUGUGAAGGUGAACCUUUGCCUCUCAUCGCAUCGCCGCUCGUUGUAGAGAUUCGCAGUUCGAAGCCAGCAGCUGCCCUGGUUGUUACUGCGGUGUGCGUUCACCUUAAAAAUGCGACGUGCCACAUCCGCUUCACAGUUAAAGUGACUUAAAUCGCAAGAGUAAGCCAUUGGUGUGCCGGUCAAAAUUUGCGUGAAAAAGGACGCCCCAAAUCAAUUCGGUUGGAAUCUCCGUAGAAAUCCUUGCCUCCUUCUGCCGACAACUUUGCAGGAGACGAUAAUAAAUGAGAAUAAAAAUUGCUGAUGCCAAAGCAAAGCCGUUAGCCGGGUUGUGAUCUUUUUGCGUGGUAGCCUGAGCUGCCUUCCGACAGCUGACCUCGGCAAAGAGAGCAUCGCGCCGGCCAGUGCGGGCCCCGAGCGUGUGCCAGCGCGUGCCAAGCUCUCCAUGUCAAUGGACGAGGUACUUCCUCAUUGAUGAGUGGGCGCUUCCCCUAGCGUUCCCAGCGAAGGAGGCGGCGGCAGCAGCAGCGGGGUUCAACUUCACCCCGACAGACGGUAGCCGCAUUAAAACCCAGUCCUAGAACUUGUCUUAAUCAAAGCCUUCUCGUUUGCUAGCGCGUACGCGCACAGACGCACACGCACGCGCCUUCGCAUCGAUGCUCAGUUUGUAAAACACCGACAUGGACGGAUGCCGGUUGUUCUCUACGUAUAUAUAUUCAUUCAUACGGCAGCAUACAAACAAAUUAUUAAGAUGCGUAUUUAGUUUGUUAGUUUUGAAAUGAUUUGUAUUCUCUGAGUUACCUAUGAAGAGUUUAGUAGAUUUGUACUUUACUUGUAAGAGAGAGUGCGGUCUAAGCGUGCUUUUAAAUAAAGAAAGUUACGACGUAGUGUUGAAUUAAUUUGCUUUGGCGACGCAUGAUUAUUACUUUGCAGAGAGAGCGAGCGAGCUGCCUGCUGUCGCUAGUGUGCUUUGACCACGACUCUAUAGCUAAUCAUAUCUUACCCGUACGUAAUUCUAUAUUUUAUAUAAACUGCUUUCACAAGUGUGGAGGUCCGCACAUUAAUAAAUGAAUAAAUGCAACUCCCCGUGCACGUUCCAUUCGUACGCAGCGGCGCCCCAAUCUCAUCAGAGGUCGGCUCGUGUACACGUGGAUGUACGACCCUCGUCUCUUAACAUCAUCAUCACCGUCAUCAUCUAACAUCAUCAUCAUUGUCGGCAUCGUCUGUUACAUCGAAGGAGUUGCCACCUGUCCCGGGGGGGGUUUGACUCGCGCAGUCCGGGGAACAUCUGUGCGUCAGGGGACUGCACCAUUUGAUUUGUACCGAGACCUGGUGCCGGUGUUUGCCGUGUUGAACUUCACUGCAAAGAUGCUGCAGCGCAGAUUUGAUAACGGCGGACCUCGUGCCGACCGAGUUUGGUCUACAGUGGAUGAAGGUGGCAACUCGAGUCACAUCGUCAGUAUCGUCACACGAAGCGCCUUGACCCCCACGAGCCUUAGAACUUGCGGAUAUUGGGAAGAUCCACGGAUCGAUCCUGGGUGGCAUAUAAUUGAGAGUGCGAGUGAUAUGACAAAUAAGAGAUUCACUGUAUAUCUGUGUUUCUGUGUGUGCACUUAUUUACAAUGUGUACACUAGGUGGUGGUGCUGCUUAAUUUGAGGGCCCCGAGCAGAUAUAAUAUCUACCCCCCCCCCCCUUUCAAUUAAUAUAAUAUCAAAGUGGGAUGAUGGAAGAGAUUUAGACAAGAGUUGGAGAUGGAGUGAGAUGGAAGUAGACAAUGCAGAGAUGUAGUGAGAUGAGCAGAGAGAUACAUUUCCAGUUUUUUUGUAACGAUAAUUAUCUCGUAAUGUUUAUUAGUAUUUGAGUUACAGCUGAUAUUCCACACGUUUUUCACGAAUUCAGGGGGGCUGCCUUCGGCUACUUGUGGCCCUCAGCUUUUGCUUGGUUUGCUCAUGCCUAGCGCUGCCACUGUGUACAAUGCACGGCAUAAGCUGGGGAUAGGCGGAUUAUGGCGGUAACAGCAUUGUGAGCCCAGCAACCCCAUCCGCGAUUUGUAUCUGAAGCUGUCCUUGGGUCCUUCCCUAGGUAGCCGCAGCUGGAAACCAUCGCCUGGGGCCAUUCCCGAUACCUCCCUCGUGCAUUCGCCGCUUGUUGCAAGGGGGUCCGCGGUUCGAACCCUGCGGCCACCCCGGUUAAUGCCGCGGGUGUGUGUCAAUAUUACCCAUAAAAUUACGCCGCACCGUCUGCUUACGCGGUGGACGCGAGAGAUCCGGUGAUGUCAUUUAAAAAAAGACGAGGUCAUCGCGUGCCGCAGUCACGGGCCCACGUUGCGAAAUUAGUUACGACUCGGUUGACAUUAUAAUCGCGUGUAUAAUCACGUGUAAUAAUUAUUACACGCGGCGAUCAUCGCCCUUCAAUGCGAACUGCCGCCGUGAUGGCCUUGCACUAUGAGAGUGGAACGAACAUGGAGCGUACAAAUGAUUUGUUGAUGUCAUAGAUGCUCGCUCACAGCACUCCGUGUGUAAGGCCCAGCGGGGUGAAAGAUUACGCACGCGCUUACUGAUUUGGGACAACAUCUAGUGACAUCGUCGCACCCGACUGUAGAAACUUAUCAGGACCCUCCUGAAAAAAGAGACUGGGUCCAGCUUUCCUGGGUAAAUACUAGAAAAUAGCGACACCAAAUUGCAUGCGUAAGAAUGUUAUGUUCUCAAUUUAGGGAGUUACAUUUGAAUGAUACGCUGUUACAUGUAUGCUAAUGGGGGUGAGCAUGAGAGUACAAAACAGAACGGAGAAACAAUACAAAUGAGACCAGAAAACCCCGCAGGAAACAAAUAUUAGUCCAUCACAUCGCGACCCUGAAUUGUGACAAUUCAUGGAAUUUACGGAUGUGUCAAUCAUCCGAAGCCUUCCUGGGUUUUUGAGAACUCUGCCGAUUUUUGGAUCGUUGCUGUCAUCACCGGUGAUUUACACCGACGAAAAUAAGUGCAACGCCGCCCUGUUUCCACGUUAUAAAUAAGAUGCUGUGGUUUAGCGCAUAGGGGAACGUUUGGCUCUCCAGACAAAUAUUACCAAAAGCAGCUCUUGUCGAGGAGAGCAAACUCUGGGCCAGUGUCUGCCUCCUGGGUCUCAUCAGCACAAACAAAACGGUGUUCUGCUUCUACUGUAUUUGCCUUUACCCGUGAUGUUUCGUGACAACGCAAAAUGAUUUCAUGUUACGGUCUCGUGCGUCGCGUCGUGAUAAUAAUAGUGAUGAUAAUUUAGUUUUCGAUCGCUCUUGAAGUGAGAGAGAAAAUGAUUGAGAGGUGUGAGACACCACAGACGAAACAGGAAGGGCAGCCGGAACAACUGGCACGAUUGCCCAAACUCUGUGGUCCAUUAUCGGGGUGUUUUUUUGGCCAGCUCCGUUAUUGGAGGAUGCAUCACUGCCACCGCGUGCCUUGAGCCCGGCGAGGCGGCUCGGCAGCGGGCUGCCUCGCGGGACGAAGCGGAGCCGCCGCGGUAUCGCCGAGGCCCGCCCCAGCAAGCGCGGACGAAAAACCAGAACCUGACGAAACGGUGAAAUUUGUUUAUCUCCGUGACCACUAUCUCGUGAUGUGACGCGCAUGCGCUCGUGUUACGGUUGAGCCUUUGUUCCGGCAAACGACGCGAGCUUUGUACGUCGAGGAGUUCCCAAGAAUAAAAUAAAUGUCACUGUAGCCCA